AUGUUGAUGCCACCGCGCAGUCGCAGUCGGCGCACCUUGAAGAAAGUCGGUGAGCGCAACAACGCUUCUGAUGUUCCCAACCUCAAGCGUUCACGUGGGCGACCCAUGAAAAGGGCAUCUGAGCUCAAGCCCCAUUCGAGCAUUCAGAGACAGCAGGAAAAGCUCAUACGAGAGAAUAUGAUGGCCGAGAUGGCUGAUACUCGACAGCCAUACCAGCUCUCGGACCUGGAAGCCCUGCCCGUGGAGUUGCUUCAACAGAUCUUUUUCUGGUCUUUGGAGGUGAACAUGCCGCGAGCUUCACCACACAUCGCCAACGUCCUAUCAAAUCCAUCCAUCUACUCGGCUUUGGUUUCAUUCGCUUACUUUGACCCUGACGGUGAGAGUCCGGUCGAGAUGCAGCUUUUCCUACCUGCUCAGUACUGGCAAGUCAACCUGGAGGACAAGAUCCGCCUACAGCAGGGUGUGUUGAGCUGUCGGUGGUGCACGCUCGCCUUUCUGAAAUCAUCCAUGCGAACCCUCAGCCACCUCCAGAUGACGCAGGCCUGGCACCGUGAGAAAAAAGCAGAAGCAGAGCUCAACAUCCCCGAACAGCCCAAGGAACGACGCAUUCCACAAGUUGCAAACCCAACCCUCCUCAGCCUCGCCCCACUACCCCAGUCUGCCGCCAACACAGAGGAACUCGAAAGCCACUUCUUGGCCAAACUCCAGCCCCCGGCCAACGGCGAUCUUCUUUCGAUCGGUGUCGACCUGCUAGCGAUCGACCAGAACCCGCGUCGGAGCACCAACAUCAUCGGGCCAACGGGCGAUGGAAACUAUCUUCCCCGCAUCAUGCAAUGGAACAGCGUCGUGGACAAGAACAAACAGCUACACAAGACUGUCCAUCGCGGCGUGAGUAUCCUCGCGACACGGGCCCUACCAGAUCACAUCCUGGAGGGCAAGCCAACGUGGACGGAAUCGCAACUGGAGCUCCUGAUGCUGCUGCGCCAAGGCGCCCGCUUCGUCAGCACGGGGGAAGGAAGGCUGGAGUUCUCGGCGGACGUGCUCUACGAGGGGAUGGCAUCGGCUAUCAAGACGCAGAAUUCAAAAGCAUUGCUCGUCCUGCUCGAGCUCCACUUCGCCAGCAUGCAAGCCUCGGACCGCACGCUGAUGAUGCAGCCACCUCCGCCCGCGCACACCCCGGCACAGCGAUAUCUCGCGCGCCCAUUCACGAGCCCGAUCCCGCUCAGUCUGUUCCACCUGGCAUGCGCACAGCCGUAUCCGGCCUCUUCGCAGCUGAUGUCUCUCUUGAUCCGAGAAGGCAUCGACAGUAUCCCGCUCGACGACGUGGUCUUGACGACGUGGGCGGUGCGCAACAACGCCGACGAGGUCGCCCGCUUCUUGCUCCAGCAUAUGGAAGGGUCGCAUGACUACGGGCUCGCACGAGGCCUCACGUUAUUCGUUAAUGGGAUGCUGAGCUGGCGCCGCCGCGGCGAAUACCCUUUCCCCGAGAUGACGUUCACGAAUCAAAUUGGUUAUGUCUUCGAAGGCUCGGGUGUGAGAGCUUGA